UUACACACAAAAAUAGUAAAGAAAAGAGAAAAAGCCGAAAUACAAUUGUUGAAUAAAUAUUGUUCAAAUGCAUUUGAUGUGCACUGAUUAUUCUUUGUGGCUUCAGCGUUUCUAACUUCUUCAGUGUGUCUAUGUGUGUAUGUGUGUGUUAAUGUGUGCGUGUGUGUCAUGUGACAAUUCUCGCCGCCAGAUGUCGCCCAUGCAUAAGUGAAGUUGUGAGAAGAUUUUUAUCACACGCAUUUCUUUCUUCAAAGUCAACAUUGACAACCGCUAAAAAAUGGCAGCGAAAAAUCAAAUGAGUGUCUUCAUGGAGAAGUUCAAUACGAAGCUACAGUCGUGUCCGAUUGUUUGCAUCAACGAGCCCGAUACGCACAGCACGAAUACGGAAAUAUUGCAGACGUCGCCAGAGAGCACGCUAGAGAAGCCUAAAAAUACUGGGGCAACAACAACGACAACAGCAACGGUAGCUGGAGGAGCAGCAACAACUGUGCACAGCGGCAGCAACAAUAGCAGCUGCAUAACAAUCAAUGCACCAACAGCAGCAACUGCAACAGCAGCGGCAGCAACAGCAACAGCGGCCACAACGAGCAGCACAGCGGGUGUAACGAAGAUAACGAUUACCAGUGACAACAGUCAGAGCAACAGCAACAGCAACAUCGUGCUCAAUAGCUACAGCAACAGUAACAACAACAAUAACAACAGCAGCAACAGCAACUGCAACAUCAGCAGCAAUAACAACAACAGUUUGAUAUCGAUAACUAGCUUAAACAGCUGCAGCGAUUUAAGCAGCGGCAGCACAGCAACCCUUGCACUCAGCAGCAGCAGCAGCCACAACAGUCGCCCCCACAGCAACAGCAGUCCCAACGGCGGCCACGGCGGCCACGGCGGCAGCGACACUUCAUCGGCCAACUUCCAAGAGCGUUUCGAUUUCGAGAACUGGAAGAGCAUCAUCACCGACUUCAGUUGCUUCAACAGUUUGUAUCGCUAUUGGAAUCACUACAGCGGCAACAGCAGCAGCAGCAGCAGCGAUAGUAACAGCAACAAUUGCAACAGCAGCAGCGGUGGCAGCAGCAGCAGCAACAACAACACCUUGCGUGGCGAUCAUGCCGAUGAGAGCAACGGCUUGGGCAACUCAUUCUACACACAUAAUAUCCUAGGCUAUACUUUUGGCUAUCCCUUUGGCCUCAAGGAGGACGUCGACGCCGACAGCAGCAGCAGCAGUCACGGCGGCGGUGCUGGAGGCGUAGCUGGUGUUGGUCACGCCCUCAAGAAAUUACAGGGUAACAGCAGUAGCAACAACAACGCAGAGACACCUUUGCAAAAACACUACAGACAGCAGCAGAAGAAGAAGAUGCCCGUGUUUAGGGGCAGACGAGCCUGGUGCGGCUGCUUCAAGGAUGACGAACCACCCGAGAUUUGUGUGGUCGAAGGCGGCUUCACGCUGCAAGCACUCACGCCCACACAGCCGAUGCCCUCGGGCGAUGAGCUGGACACAAAGUUCGCCGAGCUGGUGGAGGAACUCGAUUUGACGGCGCCCAACAAGGAGGCGAUGCUCAGUUUGCCGGCCCAAAAGAAAUGGCAAAUCUAUUGUUCACGCAAAAUGCCGCUGGACCAAAACGAUGGACCCGAUGCGGCGGCGAUCACACAGCCACCGACAGCGGAGCACUACAUUGAGCGUCUGAAGGAUCUGGUGGUGCACGUGUCGCUAUCGCCAGAGGAUUCGCCCAGCCACGAGCUGAGCUCACGGCUCGACAAUCAUGCCGCCUUCGUGGAUGCCCUGAAGACAGCGUUGCGCACCUCGACGCACAGUUUUGUGCUGCGCUUUGUGGAGCUCGACGGGUUGCCGGCGUUGCUCAAUCUGCUGAUGCAGCUGGACAUCCGGGUGGCAAACAGUUCACUGCACACCAGUUUGAUCGGUUGCAUCAAGGCGCUGAUGAACAACUCGAUGGGACGGGCGCAUGUGCUCGCUCAUCCCACGGCAAUCGAUACGAUUGCUCGCUCCUUGGCGGCGGAUAAUAUACGCACCAAGAUCUCGGCCCUGGAGAUCCUUGGAGCUGUGUGUCUGGUGCCGGGCGGACAUCGCAAGGUGCUGCAGGCAAUGCUGCACUUUCAGGAAUAUGCCACGGAGCGAACGCGCUUCCAGAGCAUUGUCAACGAUCUGGAUCGCUCGACGUACGCGUAUCGCGACAAUGUGAAUCUGAAGACGGCGCUGAUGUCGUUUGUGAAUGCGGUGCUCAACUAUGGACCCGGCCAGGAGAAUCUCGAGUUUCGUUUGCACUUGCGCUACGAGUUCUUGAUGCUUGGCAUUCAGCCGGUCAUUGACAAGCUGCGCACGCAUGAGAACGAGACGCUCGACAGGCAUUUGGACUUUUUCGAGAUGGUGCGCGCCGAGGACGAGAAGGAGUUUGCCCGCCGCUUCAAUGAGGAGCAUGUGGACACCAAGAGCGCCGGCUCCAUGUUCGAGCUGCUGCGUCGCAAGCUUAGCCACUCGCCCGCCUAUCCGCACAUGCUCUCGCUGUUGCAGCACAUGCUGCUCCUACCCUAUACCGGACACAGCACAGAGCACUGGCUACUCAUCGAUCGCGUGGUGCAACAGGUGGUGCUGCAGGUGGAGCAACGUCCCAGCAGCGAUCUCAUCUCCGACUCCGAUGAGCCCGGCAAGCAGCUGAAGCUCAACAACGAACAGUCGACGAUGCACGAUCCGGAUGUGGCGCCACUUCAGAUCGAUGUGGGCAAGCUGGUGCGUCUGCUCGUCAAGGAGGAACAAUUGACCCAGGCACGCAAGCGGGCCGAUGAGCUGGAGCGGGAGAACUUCGAUGUGCAGUCGCGUCUCGCGAAGAAGGAGCAAGAGCUCGAUCUGCGCAUGCAGGAGAAGGAGGAUCUGGAGACCGGUUUGGCCCGAAUGCGCGAGCGACUCGAGAAGGAGUCCGCUCAGCACUCGCAGGCCGUGCAGCGUGCCCAGACCGCCGAGAUGAAGGCCGAGGAUCUGCAGCAUCGCCUCCAGACGGAGCAACAGGAGCGCGCUCGCCUCGAGCGUCUCGUCACCGAGGGCAGCAUACCCGACGAUCAAAAGGUUGCCGGUCUAACCGGUUGCAAUGGCGCCGUCUCGCCACCGCCGCCACCACCGCCGAUGCUGAAGACGGUGCCACCACCGCCACCGCCCAUGGCACCAGCCAUGUUGCCGCCACCGCCGCCCCCAUGUCCCGGUGCCCCUCCACCGCCGCCUAGCAUGGCACCAGCAAUGGCUCCCGUUGCACCCAAAGUGGAGUUGCCAAAGAAGAACGUGCCACAGCCAGCGAAUCCGCUGAAGAGCUUUAACUGGUCCAAGCUGCCCGAUGCCAAGCUACAGGGCACCGUCUGGAGCGAGCUGGACGAGAGCAAGCUCUACAACAACAUGGAGCUCGAGUCCAUCGACAAGCUCUUCUCAGCCUACCAAAAGAACGGCGUUUCGACCACCGAUGGGUCCUAUGAGGAUCUGCGUGUGACUGGCAAGAACAAGCAGAAGGUGCUCUCGGUCAUCGAUGGACGACGCGCUCAGAACUGCACGAUUCUGUUGAGCAAACUGAAGAUGAGCGACAUGGAUAUAUCCAAAGCAAUUCUCUCGAUGGACAGCAAUGAGCAGCUGGCAUUGGACAUGGUGGAGCAGCUGCUGAAGUUUACGCCCUCCGCCGAGGAGCGUGCGCUGCUGGACGAGCACAGCGAAGACAUUGAAUCAUUGGCGCGUGCGGAUCGCUUCCUCUACGAGAUAUCCAAAAUACCACACUAUGAGCAGCGACUGAAGAGUUUGCACUACAAGAAACGCUUCAUGCUGACGGUCAACGAUCUGAUACCGCGCAUCACCAGCGUCAUGGAAGCCUCCCGCGAGGUGGCACGUUCGCGACGCCUGCGCAAGCUGCUCGAGUUGGUUCUUGCAUUGGGCAACUACAUGAAUCGCGGCGCUCGGGGCAAUGCUUCGGGCUUCAGGCUCGCCUCGUUGAAUCGCUUGGCGGACACGAAGUCGAGUGCCGCCAAGGGCACCACAUUGCUGCACUAUUUGGUGCAGGUGAUUGAGAAGAAGUUCAAGGAUCUGCUUAAGCUGGAGGACGAUAUACCGCAUGUGCGUGAGGCAUCGAAGGUGUCGCUGGGCGAAAUGGACAAGGACAUACAGAUGCUGCGCACCGGUUUGGCGGAUGUGGCGCGUGAAAUCGAGUUCCAUCGCAGCUCGGGACCGGCACAGCAGGGUGAUCGCUUUUUGCCCGUGAUGCGUGAGUUCCACGCUCAGGCAUCGGUGCGUUUUGCCGAGCUGGAGGACAAGUUCCAGGACAUGAAGACACGCUUCGAUCGGGCGGUGCGAUUGUUUGGCGAAGAUGGUUCCGUGCUCCAGCCGGAUGAGUUCUUUGGCAUCUUUGAUUCAUUCCUCGCCUCGUUUGCCGAGGCGCGCAACGACAACGAGAGCUUCCGUCGCCGCCAGGAGGAGGAGGAGAAGCGCGCCAAGCAGGAGGCGGAGCUCAAGAAGCGCACGAUUGAGCGCAAAAACAAAUCGGGUCUCAUGAGCAGCGUCGCCCGCAAUUUGGGCCUCAAGUCAUCCCACAACGGCGGCUCAUCAACGGGCAGCGGCGAUGCCGGCGGCAAGGGCGACAACAAAGGCGAGUUCGAUGAUCUGAUCUCGGCCCUGCGCACCGGCGACGUCUUUGGCGAGGACAUGGCCAAGUUCAAGCGAUCGCGCAAGGCGCGUGUGCUCAACGGAUCGGCGCCGGGUCCGGGACAAACGUCGCCACCCCGACACGGAAGUUUGCAGCGUGAGGAGAGCGGACGCGAACGUGAACGGACCGUGAGGCGUCAAUAGACAGGCGUCCCCUGCAGCUCCUCCCCCUCUCCUUAAAUGCGCGCUAGUAUUUCCCCAAUUAUUAUUAUUUUUUUUUUAUUGUGUUUCCUUCUGUAACUAUUUAUAUACCACAAUCAUUUAUAUAUAUACAUACAUGCAGAUAUAUAUGAAGAUCAGCUAAUGCAAGCGUCAAACCAAAUUUUUUACAAAAAAAAAGGAAAAAACUAAAAAUAUUAAUUGUAAUUUGUAAUUUAAAACGAUGAGAUGAGAAACACACCCCACACACACACACACACAUAUAUACACAUACAUAAAUUGUAGCGUACCUUUCCAAUUGUGUUUGCAAUUAGACAAAAGUAAAAAAAGAAAAACCGAUAUCUAUAACUAUAUAACUACAUAAUAUACUACAUACAUAUGCGAUAUAUUAGGACACGUUACAAAUGUCAAAAUGCUCAUCCUGCAGCACUCAAAGUAAAAACAAAAAAACAAAAGAAUGCUAAUGAAAAUGCAAAUCAAAUCAAAUGCAGCAUGCAACAUAAUCAUUAUUAUUAUAUAUACAUAACAUAUACAUACAAGUAUAUACAAAAGAACCCAGAGAGAGUGUUUCGAGAGGCAAACGCGGCCUGCCAUAAAAAGUCAUGUUCAUUAUUAACAAUUAUAUAAAUAUUAUUAUAUAUUAUUAUCUAUUUUAUUCUAUGUAUUUUUUUUUUUAGCACGAAUCUCGCUAAAAUAUAUUCAAGCACUUUACAA